GGUAUAAAUAGCACGUGCCAUUGGGAAUAUUGGAACACAACUUGUUUUUUAGUCGGAGAAGUCUGAAGCAAGACGGGACAGAGGAAAUAACGCAUCGAAUUAAUCGAAAAUCUGCUUUAUAAUGCCACCCAACGCCGUUACCGUGCCCAGCACACUCGACGCGCUCUCUACUGAGGCAGAUCUGGUGCCACAGCUUGUGAAGGGAUCCAAACAAACGGGAGUACUCUUUGAGGGCGAUGCGGACACUACUGAUGGCGCCUUGGCCACUGAUAUCCGACAGUUUAAGAAGGCAGAGAAACGCAAACUGAAGCUGGUCUGGCGUAACAUUAUACUUUUUGGCUAUCUGCAUUUAGCCGCACUCUAUGGUGGUUAUCUGUUCUUUGCCCAGGCCAAGUGGGCCACUGUUUUCUUCUCUAUCCUACUCUACUCGGUGGGCGUUCUAGGCAUCACUGCUGGUGCUCAUCGUCUCUGGGCGCAUCGCUCCUAUAAGGCCAAAUGGCCGCUGCGUUUAAUCUUGAUCGUUUUCAAUACGAUCGCUUUCCAAGAUGCCGCCUUCCAUUGGGCCCGUGAUCACCGCGUACACCACAAGUUCUCUGAGACCGAUGCCGAUCCCCAUAAUGCUACUCGAGGCUUCUUCUUUUCGCAUAUUGGCUGGCUAUUGUGCAAGAAGCAUCCCGAUGUCGUGGCCAAGGGAAAAAGCUUGGACUUGUCCGAUUUGCGUGCCGAUCCCAUUGUCAUGUUCCAGCGCAACCACUACAUGGUUCUGAUGCCUCUGGCCUGCUUCAUUAUGCCAACUUUUAUUCCCAUGUAUUAUUGGGGCGAGACUUUUGUUAAUGCCUGGUUCGUGGCCACCAUGUUCCGUUGGUGUUUCCUGUUGAACGUUACCUGGUGUGUGAACAGCGCCGCGCAUAAAUUCGGUGGCCGUCCCUACGACAAAACCAUUAAUCCAUCGCAGUGCCCUGCCGUAUCUGCCUUUGCAUUUGGCGAAGGUUGGCAUAACUAUCACCACGUCUUCCCGUGGGACUACAAGACCGCCGAAUGGGGAAAUUACUCCAUGAAUUUGACCACAGCUUUUAUUGAUUUCUUUGCCAAGAUCGGAUGGGCCUACGACCUUAAAUCGGUAGCACCCGAAACUGUUGAACGCCGCGUGCGUCGUACUGGUGAUGGAACUCACGAGCUGUGGGGCUGGGGCGACAAGGAUCUCAGCGCGGAAGAUGUUAAAGAUGUGCUCUUUGUCAACAAGAAGGCCGAGUAACUCCGAGGCGCCAGCAUUAAACAAGACACAUAUGCACAUCAAACUUGUAAUAUUUAUUAACCUAUCAUAAAAUAGUUCUAUUGUAAAAUAUAAGUCUCCAUUUAUUGAA